UCCUGGUGCUGCAUCAGAGAGAAGGCUGAGAGCUUGUCAAACUCUGAGCAGCCAGUGGCACAUUUCCUGUUGUUGACAGGCGAGGAGAACAGCAGAGGCUGCGCUGAGCUGCGUGCAGGGACUCGCAUUUUAUCAGCUGGAGUGCACACAGACACUCUUUCACAGGAAGAGCUGCUAUCACUUCUCAGAUACACAGACGCAGAGGAAACACUGACACUGAACCUCUUACCAACGGCCCAGAAAAAGGAGCUGCUCCACAGGUGGACUGACUCCCUCCAUCAAGAGUCUGACUGAAGAAAACAAGUGGGAACUGCUUUGUUAUUUGUUGUGUUUUCACCUGAUCUGAGUGUAUCCAGGAGGUGUUAUGGUUUUGUUCUACAUGGGAUCGGAUAAAACCUCAUCUAUAGUCAUGCAGGCUGAGGACCCUGUUCGCCAGGACAUGCAGUUCUACUAUGUGGGUGACCAUACGUGGGCCACCAUGCUGGGGCAGAGCGUGAGGCUGCAGCCGGUUGCCAUCCAAAGCCUCUCAGAGCUCGAAAGAGCACGUCUGCAGGAGGUGGCCCUUUACCACUUGGAAAGAAGAGACUUGGACUUUAAGAUCAGCAUUCCUAGAGAGAUUCGUAAGAGAAGGAAAUCACUACGGAGAAAGUUUGACUCCUUCUCAAAAGAAAAGAAAGAGCGAGAGUCUGCGGCCAAAGCAUUCGGUAUCCCUCUCGCCCAGGUAAUCGCAAACGAUCGGGCACACAAGCAGCGGCAGGAUGCUCUGAAAGAGAGCCGACGGGACUGUCUGGACCUGGAGGCCAGUGUUCUUCACUUCCGGGCCGAGAAAUCGCAGCAAAAUGGAAACCGGCCACUGGGCAAUACAGCCUUUUCACCUGGUGCUGCCUCAACACCAGCAUUGGAGGUCCACAGCAAACCUCCCACAUCAGCAUUCAUGGACAACACCUCACGCUCACACAGACGGGGAGGGAUGUCUGUAGACUGCAUCUCUGAUCUGGUUGAGAGUCAGUCCAGACUACUGGAAGCUCUGCAGCUUUCUCACCCUAAUGAGCUGGAGAUGAAAAAGGCUGCUGGUCGAACACAGGCCAAACUCAGUCUCAACCCCAUCUACAGACAAGUUCCCCGAGUGGUAGAGCGCUGCUGUAACCACAUCCAGAACUACGGAUUACAAACUUUAGGGAUUUUCCGUGUAGGCAGCUCCAAAAAAAGAGUCCGUCAGCUGCGCGAGGACUUUGACAUUGGGAUAGAUGUCGUGUUAGACGAGGAACACAGCGUUCAUGACGUGGCUGCGUUACUGAAGGAGUUUCUGAGGGACAUGCCUGACCCCCUGUUACCACGAGAACUCUACCAGGCCUUUCUGCACGCUAACCAGUUGAGAGGGGCAGAUCAGUUGACAUACCUGCAGCAGUUGUUGUACUUGUUGCCAGCCUGUAAUUGUGACACUCUGCUGAGGCUCCUGACACUCCUUCAUAUAGUACAGGAGAACGCGAAAAGCUCCACUGGACCCAACCAGCAGGAGAUCUCAGGUAACAAGAUGACAGCAGCAAACCUGGCGGUGAUCUUUGGGCCCAAUCUCCUGCAGAAAGAGAGAGGAUCAGAGAGAGAGCUCAGCCCUCAAGCUCUGGGCAUAGAGGACAGCACUGCCAUCAUCUCCGUCACCCUAAUGCUCCUCCAGAACCACCAACACCUCUUCAUGGUGUCUGCUGAGCUGCAGCAGGAGGUGCUCAUGAGCCUCAUUCAGACGGACCCUGACGUCAUUGACUAUCUGCUGCGCAGGAAACUCAGUAGUAGCAGCCUUACAAUACAGACGGACUCUGGUGGACGGAGGGACACACAGGCAUCUCUGGACUCUGUGGGUCAGUCCAGUGAUGACCUGUCAUCCCUGGAGCCACUGUGUCCUCUUUAUCCAGAGACAUCUGCGAUAGGAAGUCUGAGCAGUGAGGUCUUCCUCAAUGUUCUUCAUCUUAACACUAACAGGAAACGCUCCUCUGAGGUUCCACCCAAGUCCAUCGUUAAAAUGAGGCAGUUUCAUUCCCACCACAACCUGCUGAGUCUGACCCAGUCUUCCGCUAAUGCCCAGAGUGAUGAGCUCCAGGAGCAGAGGCAAGGUGUUUCAAGACAGACCUGCUCAGAGGAGCGCCUUCAUUUCAGUCUGGGGCGGCAGGACAGUGGCUCGCAACCACAGAGUCCUAGAGAGAGGGGCAUCUGGGUUCGACAGAGCUCCAACACCUCAUCCACGACGUCAGACGACAGCAAGCCGCCAAGCAACUUCUGGGACUUUUUCACUGGCAAGGUGUCAGGCUCAGAGACUAUAAUACCUGUUGUCAGGAGAAGCCCUUCGCUGCAAAACUUCUUCAACGACCAUUCACAGUCUCAGAAAAAUUAGGUGGAGUGGAAGACUUUCUUUGAAGGAUGGGAUAUUUUUGAUAACUUUUUACCUUUUGGAGAACAUGCUCUGAACUCAUGGCAUCACUGAACCACAAGGGGGUGAUACUGGUGUCAACAUUACAUUGACAUUAAACUUGCAUUUGACUAGA